AUGAUCUGGCGUAACUAUGUGGUGGCGCCUGUGACCGAGGAAAUUGUGUACCGGGCCAUGGUGCUCGCCCUCUUGCAGACGGAGACCUCCUCCACCAGUGUCCUCGUGCUGGGAUCGCCCCUCUUUUUUGGCCUGGCCCAUGUGCAUCAUCUCUGGGCUGGUGUGCCCUGGCCUGCCGUACUUGGACAGUUUGGCUUUACGACGCUCUUUGGGUGGCUCAAUGCCUGGACCUUUCUACGGCUUGAGUCAUGCUAUGCCGCCAUCGCCGCCCACUCGUUCUGCAACUACAUGGGCUUGCCC